AUGACAACAAAUAGAUAUUGUAUAUUAUUAAUAGUUGUAGCUUUAGCAUUGCUUUCAACUUCUCAAACAGUCAGUGCCAAGGUAUUUGACUAUGAAGAGAACAAUGUGAUUGUUACCAAUGGAAAGUCAAUUGAUUCUCUCAUUAAGAGUACAAAAGAUGUUGUUGUUUAUUUCUAUACAAAGACAAAAGAAUCUGAAAAGUUUAUGAAUUCAUUCCUAAAGAUUUCAUCACAGUUCAAUGAUGAUGGAUCAUCCGUAAGAUUCGUUGUAAUCGAUUUAGAAAAAGAUUUCGCAACCAGAUCGAAAUAUGAAAUUCAAGAUCCAAUCACAAUUGUUUAUUACAAGAAUGGUCAAGCACUAUCAGAUUUCAUACUUCCAAAAAGUGCAGGAUCCUUAAAAUCAUUUGUUGAAAACCCUUUGGCACCAAUUCCAGUGAUUCCAGGACCAGGUUCAUGGAACAAAAUCGAUUCACAAGUCUACCAUUUGACAAAGCGUAACUUUACUCAAUUCAUUCAGACCCAUCCAAAGACUUUGGUUAUGUUCUACAGUCCAGGUUGUGGUCACUGUGAACGUAUGAAGCCAGCCUACGCUGAAGCAUCGAUCACCGUUCAGAAAGAGCAUCUCGGUGAUUUCGCCGCCUACGACUGUAACUCUGAGAUGUCGAUUUGCGAGAAAUACAAAAUCAAAGGUUUCCCAACAGCCAUCUACUUCCACAACGCAAAAGAAAGCGCACAGUAUACAGGUGAUAGAACUGUUGACGAUAUGGUCGAAUGGUUCAGAAAUCCAUCAAUUCCAUCACCAUCCCAAAAGAAAAAACAAGUUGACAGAGAACUUUAA